GCAUUCAUAUUUAACAAUACUAAUCACACCUGUGAAGGAUAAGAGAUAAGAUUUCGCACACUUAAGUAGCCAUUGAUUAAUUACCUAGUGCUAAUCAUUCGACUACUAACCAUGGGCAAGUGGAUCGUGUUAUUGGCGAUUGGAUUCGUUGGCGUUUCGGCGCUCCCCUACGACCCGGUGAUCAGGAAACUGGAUGAUGGGCAGCGUUACCAGUACAUGGAGGGUCCUGAUGGAGCCCUGCACCUGGUAGACCUUUGGGGGAAGGUCAGUGAUGUGACGGCUGCUGCUAGAUACGACCCUGAUAGGCAAAAUGUGUACCAUCUUUAUACUAGGAACAACCCCACAGUAAGCCAGCCCCUCCUGAUCGGCAGUGAGGGUCUACUGGGCAUCACGAACUACAACCCCAGCAGACGCACCGUCGUCCUCAUCCACGGGUGGCUGGACUCCGUCACUGCUGACUUUAAUUCUGUGCUGGUACCAGCAUUCCUGCAAGCUGAAGAUGUGAAUGUGAUCGUGGUGGACUGGAGCGCUGGAGCCGGUACCAUCAACUACUUCACUGCUGUCGAAAAUACUCUCACUUCAGGUCAAAGUGUAGCCAGAUUUAUAACCUGGUUGAACGGGGCAACGGGAGCAGUUCCAAGCAUGUAUCACCUGGUGGGACACAGUCUGGGCGGCCACCAGGUUGGAAUCGUGGGCAGACACGUUGGUGGGCAGAUCGCAUAUGUCACUGGCCUAGACCCAGCCUUCCCAGGCUGGAACACCAACGACAAUCGGUUCAGACCCAGCGAUGGAGCCUACACUGAAGUCAUCCAUACUAACGUCGGUGUCCUUGGCUACAUGGCCACCCUGGCUGAUGUGGACUUUUACCCCAAUGGGGGGAGUGGCAUGCCAGGCUGUAACAGUAAUGAUUGUGAUCAUGCUAGAUGCUACCACUACAUGGCUGAGUCUCUAACUCGAGGUGGAUUCACGGGACGCCGCUGUCUGUCCUACGUGAGUGCUAUGGCAGGCAACUGCAAUCUGCUGGGCAGCCUGAGGAUGGGCGGGCUUGUGCCGAAGACUGGACAAUCUGGAAUCUUCCACCUGGAGACCAACUCAUCACCACCAUUCUCAAGAGGUUGAAAGCAGCACCAGUUUCACAGGCAAUAAAUUAAAAGAUUAAAUUAAACAAAGUUUUUCA